AAAAGAGAGAGGGAAAACUCUUUGUCCAUGUCGCCCAUAUUACAUUAUCACCAGACACGACAAUAAAUGGCCUUCGCUCCCCGUCUUCGAGUUCCGACCGUUCCGACCGUUCCGACCGAGCAACCGCCAGAGGCGCACAGAGAGCGAGGAAUGGAGUCCAUCAGCGGCACCGCAUCCAAGGCCGGCAAGGCAGGACGCCCAGGUCUUUUUUCGUUCGAUGAGAUGCCAGAAUGGUUCCGACGUGAAUCCAACCAGUGGAUUCUUCAUGGCUAUAGGCCCAUCUCAGGCUCGGCCCGUGCUUCGUUCUGCAGUUGGUCGUAUAUUCACAACGAGUCGGUCAACAUAUACUCCCACCUCAUCCCGGCCGUUCUCUUCCUGCUCGGCGAGUGGUAUAUUCAGCAGUACCUUACCAGCAGAUACUCCGGAGUCACUGGCGCCGAUUUCAUUGCUUUCUCCAUCUUCAUGUUGGCGGCCGUCACGUGCCUAUCGUUGUCGGCGACCUAUCACACCUUGUUGAACCACUCCCAACACGUCGACCGUUUAUGCCUACGACUGGACAUGCUGGGGGUAGUGGUCUUUAUACUAGGCGACCUUGUCUUGGGAAUAUACAUGGUGUUCUGGUGUGAACCCUUGCCACGCAAUAUCUACUGGUCUAUGAUUGGAGUGUUCGGGACAUUGACCAUGGUCAUGACAAUGCAUCCCAAGUUCCAGGGCCCAAAGUAUCGCCUCUUCCGAACAUUAAUGUUCGUAGUGACUGGCUUAUCCGGUGUUGCACCCUUGUUUCAUGGUCUCAUUGUCUUCGGCAUGUCGCAGAUGAUGAGAAAAUCUUUUCCCUAUACUCUGGCAAAGGCAGGCUGCCUUCUAUCUGGGACUUCGUUUUAUGCAACCAGGUUCCCCGAAAGUCGAUAUCCUGGCAAGUUUGACUUAUGGGGCUCACAUUCGAUCUUUCACAUCCUGGUGGUAUGCGCCGCUGUGGUCCAGUUGAUGGGGUAUAUGGAUGCCUUCGACUAUGCUCACGGCAAUCUUACUUGUUCCUCUCAUUGAUUCAUGUGUACAUGCCGAGUACGGAGCUUCUGGCCACUGGAAAAUGCUUCCAAACGCUGACUGUACGAUGGUGAAGAGAGGCAUAUGAUUGGAUCGCUGCUAGCCAUGGCUUAUACUUAUUAUGACUGCCUGUAUCCAAUAACGUCAUCCACAACGGUAUUGAAAUGAGUUCUCCU